CUGUCAGUGCACUCUGCAGCAGCAGCAGCAGCAGCACCAGCAGUAGAAGGCAGCCACAGAUGGCUGCAGCAGCAGCAGCAGCAGCAGGGCUUUGCAGGGCAAAACGAGGCUCUGGUGCUGCAGCAAAAUCGCGAGGAGUUCCGCAACAGCUGUUUGCUGCACACGCUGGGCGAGCUGCUGCUUCUGCUGUUUGCGGGGCACCCAACUGCAGCAACUGCAGCAGCAUGGACGCGCUUCAUCCCCUACCCAGACAGCAGCAGCAGCAGCAGCAGCAGCAGCAGCAGCAAGAAGCCGACCCUGCUGCCGGCGCACCUGGUGAAUGCGCUGGAGUGUCUUCUUCACGGCGCUGCUGCUGCGUCUUUGCUCAACUAUGUUGCUGCUGUGGGUGCGCAGAGGGCACAGCAGAAGCCUCAGCCCUUGCUGCAGCAGCAGCAGCAGCAGCAGCAGCAGCAAGAGGCUUACCUGGGGGACUUGCGGUCCUUCCUCAGUCUCAGCAGCUGUGGGCGUAGCUGCGGCAACCUACUGCUGCACCGCGUGCUGCUGCUGCUGCAGCUGCUGUCGGCGGCAUCUACAUGCACAGCUGAUGGGCUUGCUGCUGCUGCUGCUGCUGCUGCUGCUUUGCCGUUUGGGGCAGUUGUUGCUGCAGUUAGUGCCCUUUGGCGCCUCUGCUCUCUGCAGCAAACCCUGCUGAGCCUGGUACUCAAUUCUAGCCCAGCAGCACAGCAGCACCACCGCAGCAGCAAAUGCCGCACCAGUAGCCACAUCAGCGGCAGCAGCAGCAGCAGCACGCAAGAGGUUUGCUGGGGGUCUCUUUUACUGUAUAAUAGCGGGAGGGGGAACUGGUCAACUAGGUCAUCUGCUGCUGUCUCUGAGACAAGCUGCUGCUGCUGCUGCUGCUGCUUGUUUGUCUGCACGCAGUUGCUGCAGUUCCUGCUUCGGUGCGUAGCUGCUAGGCAAGAAAUUUUGCUGCUGACGCCCCGCUGCAGAAGCGAGCUUAGAGGGGCCCCAGGGCUGCUGCUGCUGCAAACAGGGGAGGCCCUGCUGCGGCUAAGGCUGCAGGAAGCUGGAGUUGUUGCUGCUCUUGUGGAUUCCGUCUGUAAUUCACUAAGCAGCAGCAGCAGCAGCAGCAGCAGGAGUCGGCAGCAGAAGCUGCCGCCGCGCCUUCUUUGCUGCGUCCUGCUGCUGCUGCAGCACACCGUAGACGCCAAUCUGGAACGGCCUCUGCUGCUGCAGCUCAUUGGAGCCCUUGCUGCUUCUCUGAGGCCUCGGCUGCAGCAGCUGCUGCAGCGCAGCAGCAACAGCAGCAGCUCCAGCAGAAGGCUCGCAGGAGCUGCUGCUGCUGCUGCUGAUGCUGCUGGCCGCUGGCGCUCUGCCCUCAGCCCCGUUGAUGUGCUGCUGCUCUCUGCCCAGCUGGAGUGUCUGGGCGCAGCAGCAGCAGCAGCAGCAGCAGACCGACGAGCCCUAGGCCCCAUUUUUUCGACUGCAGCAGCAGGAGCUUUGCCUGGGCUGAGUUCGAAGGAGUCGCUGGAAGAGUUUGUGGCGCCGCUGCUGCUGCCCGAGCUGCCGCUGCAGCUGGUUGCUGCCUUGCUGCAUUUCCUGGUGUCUGUAACUGCAGCAGCAGCAGCAGCAGCAGCGGCACCAGCAGCAGCAGCAGCAGACGCAGCCACACUCCAUGGGGAGCAGCAGAACGAAGAGGUGCUGCAGGUCUCUCCUUUUUACAGCCCAAGAGGGCCUUCUGUGUCUCGACAGACUCAAGCAGCAGCAGCAGCAGCAACAGCAGCAGCAGCAGCAGCAAGGGCGCUUUCGCUGCUGCAGCACUCCGCUACGCUUCCUGACGCUCUCUACUUCCUCUUGGUCGUUCGCCUCGCGCCGCAGGAGUCCUUGCUGCCAGCAAACCCCUUCUUCCUCAGAGAUACGCAGCAGCAGCAGCAGCUGCAGCAGCAGCAGCAGCAGCAAGAGGGAGAUUGCUGGGCGCGCGCUCUGCGCGACGCGCUGCUGCUGCUGCUGCGGGUCUUCUUAUCAGACUUUCGCCCCGCUGGCAAACUGAAGGCCCACAUGGGGCCCCUGCUUUUAGCCCUCAGCAGCUGGAACGAGAC